UUUCUGCGAACACAUCAUAGCUCGGUUCCACUUGAAGGCGGGUCGGGCCCCCCAUUGUCUUCUUCCUGUAUUUCUGUUUUCCUCUUGAAUGGAUGUUUGGAUCUAUCAUUGUAUCCUACGAUGUAAAUAAGGAUGGGUUUAGGCAUAAAUUGGAUGAAGAGUUUUGGUGCGAAAAAGGGGCGACUCGAUGAUUCAUGGUGAAAUUGGAGAAUCUGUCAUGGCCUUUAUCCCAUUUCAGCGAUUAUGAAGGGACAAUUGUGGUUAGGACCUUAACCGAUAUGGGCGAAUUUUCUGGCGAACUGUAUAUAUCUCCCGUCAUGAGCCCGUUCGUUGCUGCAGAUGAAAAAGGGGUGCGUCAUGUUCAUAGCUCAAGCAGUGCUUGGGAGAUAUUCUGCUGCAUGGACUGGAAAAAUAAGCGGCGGCUAGCGGUCCCCAAAUCUCAAGACUCAAAACCUAGUUUCUCUCUCUUCGCACGCCGGAGGGGAAUGUCGCACUUCGGUAGAUCUGGACCGCCGGACAUCAAAGACACCUUCUCUCUCCUCGUCCUCAACAUUACUUUCCGUAUGCACUUCGCUCUUCCUUUUUUUGUUUUUUAUUUCCCGCGAUUUCUUCUAUUUCGUAGGUGGGUUUGUCAUGAGUAUUUUUUUUUUUCUGGUACGACUGCCGACGACUUGUUCCCACUGUUCGAUAAGUACGGGAAAGUGAUGGAUGUGUUUAUCCCAAGGGACCGAAGGACUGGAGAUUCGAGGGGAUUUGCAUUUGUGCGAUAUAAGUAUCAAGAUGAGGCUCAAAAGGCUGUUGAGAAGCUUGACGGGAAAGUGGUUGAUGGUAGAGAAAUAAUGGUUCAGUUUGCUAAAUAUGGUCUCAAUGCUGCGCGAAUGUUAGUUGUCAAAGGAAGAAUUGAGGAGCCUGUUUACAGGUCCAAAGGAAGGUCAAGAAGCCGCAGUCCUAGGCCAAGGAGUGAUUAUAGAGACAGAGAUUACCGGAGGAGAAGCCGAAGUAGAAGUAGGGACAGAUAUGAGAGAGAUCGUCAUCGUGGCAGGGACAAGCAUAGCCGCUACCGAAGCAGGAGCAGCCUAAGCCGCAGCUUAAGCCCUGAUUACCGCCGAGAACGUGGAAAAGACAAAUACAAUGUGGUUCUCCUCCUCCGAGGCGAAGCCCUAGCCCACAGAGGAGUCCUUCUCCAGUCAGAUCAUCAUGACUGCCAUCUGGAGGUGGAAGCCCGAGGGCCCGUAACCCGAAAGAACGAACCAUCAGCCCUAGAAGUGUCUCCCCUCGAGCUCGUUAUGAUUCUCGGAGCCAAUCUCCACGUUCUGAGGCUGAUCAUUCCCUGUCAUAUAUAUUCACCUCAAUUUUUGGACUUGUUUCACUGUGACAUUUGUUUUCCUUCUUUUCCCAUUAAUUGUCUACAGGAUUAGGAGUGGAGUGUUGUGGAAUGAAUCUGAAGACAUGGGACCGGAAUAUGGCAGCAUCUGCGUUGAGUAAACUCGAUCUACAUAUCAUCAUCUGUAUGGUUAUUUCGAAGACUUAUUUACCCCCUGGGAAUAUUUCGAAAGUUCUGUACCUUUCCGUUGUACUGUACCAGUUAUCAUUCUAUGUUUUGAUGGAUACUUACUUUAAAUUUGUGGAUUGAGGUUUUCAGACUAGUUCGUCGUCAUGGCUUUUGUUUUCAUGUCGUGUUUUAAAUUUGGAUGUAAGUAAUUUGUUCAUCUUCCAUAAGUUCUUGCUUUGCGUUCUACGGUUUGUGUGCUUUAGGAGUAGUUGCCGGUUGGUGAGACGAUGUUGCAGCUAUUUGAUGCGGUUUUUUUAGAUGAGGAAUGCAGUUAGCUGUUUGAUGCUGCUUUUUAGUUCGUGAAGCAGCUAUGCUGUUUGGUGCCGUUUUUAGAUGAUGUAGCAGUUUUUUGAUGCUGUUAUUAGAUGAUGUUGCGGUGGCUGCUGCUGUGGCUUGCUUUUAUUAUGCUGUUGGUUGUUUGAAUUCCUUGAUUUACAAACUCUGAGUGACAAUACCAUAACCGCAUAUGAGAUCGUGGCUGUUGCUGUGAGUUGACAGUCAAUAUCGUGUAAGAUGAACUGUUUGCGGCACUUGCUUGCUAGCAGUUGUAGAAACUAAUGCUGCUAUUUUGGUAGCUGUGUUGCAGUUGGAUUUAAGGGCACAUCCAAAAUUUGGUUCAAGGUGUGAUAUAUUUAUGUGCAAUUCUUUAAGUCUAAAUUCUGGUUGCCUCCCUCCAGAGCAGUCAUCCUGACUCCUGUAAAUCUCCAUCUGUUUCUUAGGGUUAAUUACAUUAUAAGCCUUGGGUUUAGUCAAAUUACGUAAAAAUCCUUUUAUUUGUUUCUACUGAAUGAAUUUCCCACUCAACAACUGGGAUACUUUUUUCAAACCAUUUACAAAUACCUGAGACUUAUUUUCAAUUGCUAAUUUGGGUUUUAGCUAGAGUUGAAACUCAAGGGUUGAUUUGUAGCUAUCUUUAUUUAUAAGUUCCCUUUUAUAAAAGAAAUGUUGUAUAGUAUUUGUACUUCUACUUGUGGAUUAUUUUUCUGUAGAACGGAGUUCGAGAAAUUAUUUUGUGAGGUAUUUGGAUCAGUUUAGAGUCAUUUGAUUCGUAUCAUUUUUGUAAUUUGACGUUUGUAUAAUAUGAGCCAAUUGUUUUGUUAGUGCUGUGUUGCAGUAAAUGAGACUCGGUAAACCUGUGUAAAUUGUGUACCUUUGAGGAAUUAACGGUGAAAUAUCUUG